AUGUUUAUAUUUUUCAGAACAAACCCAAGUUGUUGGUCAAUCCCCGCCUCUUCUUCUGGUCACUUACAACAACAACAGCCACAACCUCGUUCAGCUUUUAUCGGUUCAAAUCCAACAGAUCCAUUAACAGCCUUUGUUCGCUAUCCCUUACAUUCUUCAUCUUCACCACAAAAAAUUUCUCCAAAAAAUUUAGAAGAAGAAAAGGAGGAUUAUCAAAGAAAAUUUCCCCAAAAAUUCCCAACAUGUUCUGAAAUUUAUUGGCCAGAAAAUAAUAAAAACAAAUUAAUUUCUUCAACAUCAGAAAUUAAUACGAACAUUCCAUGGUCAAAACAACAAAUUUUAUUACCUUCCCAACAACAACAUGUUCCUCAACAACAACCGUCUCAACAACAAACAGCAACAAUACCAAACUUGUUGGCUGCUGAAUUGGAGCUAAUAGAAGCACAACGUUGCCAAAUUGCCGAAUUAACAAGACAAAAUGCUGCUUUAAGGCAAGAAUUAAAUUCAGUUAGAGCUAUAAGUAGCCAAUAUGUUGUUGCUGGGAGAGAAGAUAAAAUAAUAGCUUCGACUGAGUCGAUGUGAAA